AUGAAGGUCUCCGCCAUUCUCUCUACCAUGAUGGUUGCCGGACUAGUGUCCGCUGCCCCUCCGGGUGUCCGCCCUACCGACAUCCAGGCUCCUGCUCCUGGCGCUCCGACUGACCUGCCUGUGCCGCACGACAAGCGUGGCGACAUCCCCCCUCCUCCUAAGGACACCCAGGUGCCUCCUCCUCCCCAGCCUACCGACGACAAGCAGAAGCGUGGUGAUGCUCCUCCGAAGGACACCCAGCUUCCUCCCCCUCCUAAGCCUACCGACGACAAGGAGAAGCGUGGAGACGUUCCCCCUCCCAAGGACACCCAGGUGCCUCCUCCUCCCAAGGAUGGUGACAAGAACAAGCGUGGCGACGCUCCUCCCGCCCCGAAGGACACUCAGGUCCCUCCUCCUCCUAAGCCUACCGAUGACAAGCAGAAGCGCGGUGACGCUCCUCCUCCCCCGAAGAACACCGAGGUGCCCCCUCCUACCAAGCCUGAGGACGACAAGCAGAAGCGUGGCGACGCUCCUCCCCCGAAGGACACCAAGAUCCCUCCUCCUCCCCAGCCUACCGACGACAAGGAGAAGCGCGGUGACGUCCCCCCUCCUCCUAAGGACACCAAGGCUCCCCCCAAGCCUGAGGAUGACAAGAACAAGCGCGACGAAGUCCCUCCCCCGAAGAACACCGAGGUGCCCCCUCCCAAGCCCACCGACGACAAGGAGAAGCGUGGUGAUGCCCCUCCUGCCCCGAAGGACACCAAGAUCCCUCCCCCUCCCAAGGAUGAUGACAAGGAGAAGCGCGGUGACGUCCCCCCUCCUCCUAAGGACACCAAGGCUCCCCCCAAGCCUCAGCCCGCUAACAACUAA